UUUAGCUUUUUCUUCCACUUAUUCCCCUUUUAUAAAAGAAUAGUAAUCAUGUCUGAGAGCUUAGUUUUAGAGCAAUACACACCCUUUCCUAGAGAAAUUACUGUUGAUACUGACUCUGGGAAAAACAUCAUUGAAAAUUCACCUGCUCAUCAUGUAGUAUGUUGGAUUUAUAAGAAAAAGACGAGUGGUGAUAUGUCUACUUUAAACGAAGAAGAUCAGUCUAUGCCAAAGCGCGUAACAAGAAGAAGUAUCAUUUGGAAAAUUAAGUACAUAUGCCAUAGAUCUAGGACCUAUAAGAGUCGUGCUGGUAUACAGACAGAAGAUGAAUCAUCUAAAAGCCGGCCAAUUCAGAAACCAAGCAGGAAGAUCGACUGCAGACGCUAUGUUACUGUCACCUGCUAUUUUGUAACACCUAAUCAGGUCACCAUCAAGCUUCAUAAUGAGCAUAAUCAUCCUAUUGGAAGUCUUGGUGAUAUCUCUUUUUUGCCUUAAUCGGAAAAUACGGAGGAAGCUAUAUUGCAAAAGUUACGUGAAGACUAUGGUAGAAGAGACAUAAGAGCUGCAAUUCAACGUCAUUUUAAUGAAAGGUUAGGAGAUCUUUUUCCUGAAGCUGCUAGUUUUUCUUCCUCUUCAGUGUGUGCUGUACAUCGUGAUUAGCUUGUCCAUUCAGAAGAUGUUUACAACAUAUAUAAAAAGGUUCAAGAACUAUCGUAUAAAAAACACAAUGAACAGAAAGAAUCGAUCAA